CGUAUUAUUUGUGCGAUUUCCUGGAAGAGCCGCCUUGAAACUCUCAAAAUGGUCUUCAUUCACACUAUUGCAAGUCUAAUUAUUAUGGCACUCGGUGUUGCAGCCUUCCCCGCGCCCGCUCCCCAACCCGAAGCUGCACCUAUCUUGGUCGUUGAUUUUGAGCCAGAUGUGCAGUCGAUAUCACUUAACCUCUUGCUUCGGGGUUUCUCGAGUGCAACCUCUCCGUCGGUUUCCGCUACCCAGACUCCUGCAACACCUGGCGUUUCGUCGGCGCCUCCGACAUCAUUCGACGUCCUUCCCCUAGAGACAACAAGUUCUCAGUCAAUGUUGCCUCCCGCUCCUUCACCAAUCAUCACCUGCGAAACCAUUCGUUGCAUCGAUCCCUAUGUCUGUAUGGAACAAGAAGGCGUGCCUGGUUGCUAUGAGAAAGAAUCCUGCGGUAAAGUCUUCUGCCCGUAUGGAACUAGAUGCUGCAACAGUCUCUGCGAUAUGUGCGCGCCUUCCAACAUGUCGUGCAUCCAGGGUUGCACCACUCCAGAAACACCUUUGCUGUAAAUGGCCGCAUGUGCUGGCACUAGUGAACGAAGCAAUAUGGUGGAGAUAAUACAUGGGGUUGGAGGGUGGAACAGGGAGAACAAUCAUAGUCACGAAAUGUCAGUCAAAGUUAAUAGCCGAUUGUCUUGAGAGAACACUGUUAUUGUGUGCUUGUGCGAACUUAGAUACGUACCUCAGUCAAAGUUAGUUGCCCCUGAGACAUGAUCCUAUUAGUUGCUCAACCUAAUGCC